CAUACAUGACUACUGGAAAAACCAUAGCUUUGAGUACAGGGACCUUUGUCGGCAAACGGAUGUCUCCGUUUUUUAAUACACAGUCUCGCUUUGGAGCCUUAGGAAAAUGCAAAGCCUUCAGCGAGAGGUCAUUUCAAGGGAAGUUGCCUGGUGGGCUACUCCAGACAGUGGGAGUGGUGAGCCCGGUCAGAUCCUCAGAUGGAGGGCCUCAGAGAAUCCACAGUCUCCUGGACUGGUGACCUUUACACUGAGUUGAGGGAGCCAGAGACCUCUCCUUAAGGACCUACUCGAUUAUUUUAUCUUGUGUGUAAUUGGGCAAAUUCUAGAUUUCUUGUUGGUACUUAAAUGCGUGGAAAUAUUCAUUAAUUAGAUGAAAGGGUAUCUGAGAGGGAAGAUACUGGUCAAUGACAAAAAUUCUAAGAGCUCUGAGUUGUUUCCAGCUGGGAAAGAUUCUACCUCAGGCACAUUCUAUGUCACAUCCUGUGGUGGGAAUGUUACAUGAUUGUCCUUGCUAGGCAACAUUUAGUGCACUGUGAUUAUCUUUGUCUUGGAGUUGGGAUAAUGUGCUGGAGUUCAGGGGGCUAGUGAAACAGCAUGUGAAACAAUUGACCAGUUUAAACUGGUUUGACCUUCUCAAAUAGAUUGUUGAUUAGUCAUACCUUGAGUCAUUUUACAAAGAAAGAACUGCAAGUGUCUAAGAGGGAACACAUGACCUCAGGAUGACCCCGGAGCCAAGCUCUUCAGUCUGCAAAACUCAAGAGAAGAGAAAUAUUGUCCCGGGCCAUUUACAAAGUGAGAAGUCCUUCAAUGAGGAAAACCUGGCUUCCUGUAACCUGAGUAGCUGAAAUGAAAUUGAAGACUAGCCAAUUAGCUUCCAAUAGAAAUUCCCGAGACCCCUUAAAUUGCACCCAGGCUCCUGGAUUGGAGAGAGAUCUGAUACCUUGCAUCCUGCAUUGGUUGGCCUUGCAGUAAAGCUCUUUUCUCUAAAGCUCUUGCCAUAAGUGUUGACUUCUCUUAGCAUCCGGCAGUGAGCCCAUGUUCCGUGAGUUUGGGCAGCCUUAUUGAGGUUUAGGACUUGUGACCAUCUGCUUGAUGCACUGUAGCCCCUGAUGGGCCCUCAACACCAACCCUGAGUGGCCACCUAUACUGAGUUUGUCUAGAGAGUUGGCUCUCGGGUUCCUGUUUGCUAGCCAUGGCACUCUGGGCUCCUCUGGCUUCUGGGGCUCCUUUCACUUUUAAGGAAGGAAACAGCUCCUGGAUCAGACAUCUUUGGGUCUACGGGAGGGGAAAUGUCUUGUCUGAAGGUGAAGACACCAGUCCGCAAAUGGAUGAUGGUGCCCAACGUUUUAAGGAGCCAAGGUGCCCCAAUCUCCUGUGUAUUGGCCCAGACUCCUGCCUGCGGUCUCAGACCACAGCCAUCAUGCCUCGUGGGCAGAAGAGUAAGCACCGUGCUUGUGAGAAACGUUGCCAGGCCCAAACUGAGACCCAGGGUCUUCAUGAUCAGGCUACCACAUCUGGGGAAGAAGAGACCACCUCCUCCUCCCCUCCUGAUUCAGAGAGCGCUCCCUCAAGCUCGUCUGCUGCUGGCACCUCCAAGGGGCCUCAGGGAGCCCAAGGCACCACCAGUGCUGCUGCAGGUGCUAUACGCAAAAGAUCUGGUGUCGGUGGCGCAGCACGCUCAAGAUAUGGUGUAGGUAGCGCAGCACGCUCAAGAUCUGGUGUAGGUGCUGAGGGCCAAGUUCAGGAAGGUGAAAAUUCCUCCCAGGCUUCAGCUGCUGCUGCGAGCUCUCACACAGAUCUUCUGACCUGGAAGGCAGAGCUAUUGGUGCAGUACAUGCUGUAUAAGUAUAAGAUGAGGGAGCUCAUUAAGAGGUCCGAAAUGCUGCAGGAAAUCAAGAGAAGGUACAAGGAACAAUUCCCUGAGAUCCUUAGCAGGGCUUCCGAGUGCAUAGAAAUGUUGUUUGGCCUGGUGCUGAAGGAAGUCAGGCCCAACAGUCACUGCUAUACCCUGGUGAGCAACCUAGAUCUCAGCGACAGUGAGUCUAUGAGAGGUGAUUUGGGGCUGCCGAAGAAUGGUCUUCUGAUGCCUCUGCUGGGUGUCAUCUACCUGAAUGGCAACCACGCCCCUGAGGAGAAGAUCUGGAAGUUCCUGAAUAUGCUGGGCAUCUAUGAUGGAAGAAGUCACUUCAUCUUUGGAGAGCCCAGGAAGCUCAUCACAGAAGAUCUGGUGCGGGAAGGGUACCUGGAGUACCGGCAGGUGCCCGGCAGCGAUCCCCCUCGCUAUGAGUUCCUGUGCGGUCCUAAAGCGCUCACAGAAACCAGCAAGACGAAAGUCCUGCAGUUUUUGACCAAGGUCAAGGAUUCGGUCCAUCCUGCCUUGCAGCCGCUAUAUGAAGAGGCUUGGAGAGAGGAAGUAGAGAGCACCGGAGCCAGAGGUGCAGCCAGGGCUGGCACUUCUGCCUCAACCAGGCCUGGCACUGCUGCCUCAGCCGCUGCUGGCCGUUCUGCUUCGGCCAGGCCUGGCACUGCUGCCUCAGCCAGCUCUGGCCUUUCUUCUUCGUCCAGGCCUGGCACUUCUGCCUCAGCCGCUGCUGGCAGUUCUGCCUCAACCAGGCCUGGCAUUGCUGCCUCAGCCGCUGCUGGCACUUCUGCCUCAACCAGGCUGACACUGCUGCCUCAGCCACUGCUGGCACUUCUGCCUCAACCAGCCCUGGCACUGCUGCCUCAGCCAGCCCUGGCCCUUCUGCUUCAGCCAGGCCUGGCACUGCUGCCUCAGCCAGCGCUGGCACUUCUGCCUCAACCAGGCCUGGCACUGCUGCCUCAGCCAGCGCUGGCCCUUCUGCUUCAGCCACUGCACACCCCAGGGCCGAGUCCAGCCGCUCAUCUCGCCCCUAGUGUGAUCUGAAGCCCGUUGUUCACUUUGUGGCUAGAGAAGCCGGUCAACCUGUGUUCCUGAUAUGCAUCAAUAACUUGUUGACUUUAUUUCCCCCAAUUUUCAAUUGUUAAAAUUUUUCAACAGAAAGGUCAUUUAGAGUCAUGAUAUAAGUAUAUGAAUAACAUGGGUCACAUACACUUUGCUGUUUGUGAAAUUUAGGAGUAAGAAUUUUGUUUUCUCCAAUAAAUAUUGGAAAUCCUCACAUCACUUUUGUGAUCCAGGAUGAGAAUAACAUCACUUUAGGAUGAGAGUGUCCUUAGAAAUGUGAAAGACACCACACUAAUAGAGGCUCAGAACAUUGAUACAUUGUUAGGGAGAGAGCUGAAAUUUCUUCAGAUUUUGGCUGGCUUUACUCUCUGCUUAGUCUCCUUUUUUGUAAAUGUAAAAGACACAUACUUGCCUCUGCUUAUGGUUUAUGGUUUUCAAGAAUGUUUGAGUUGAACUUAAAUAAUAAAAAUUAAAAUAAAUAAAAAAUAAAAAAAGAAUGAGAAUAUAAAUUAUA